AUGAGUGCUCGUUGGAUUUUGGAUUAUGUUUACCGUUCUGAAAAAUUUGGAAUGGUCAUCGCUUCGUUUUCCAAUAUUACCCUCUUGUCUUUGCUCGCAUUCAAAGCUUCAAGCUCAUAUGGUGCCUACCGUAACCUCAUGGUUGCCUAUACCAUCGUUGAAAUCAUUUACUCUUUUUUGAGUUUUUGGACUGAAAUGGCAGCUUUGAGCACCGACAAAGCGUAUGUCGUUUUCAGUUAUUACUACGGAUACGUCGAUCGUUCAAUUGCACCAUUUUUUCUCGUUGAUUUCUGUGGAAUUUAUUUCACACUCUUGCUGCUCCUGGUUGUUCAUUUUAUCUAUCGGUAUUUUGUGGUCUGCGAUUUCCAAAAGUUGAAUUAUUUCAAGGGGUACAGAUUGGCAUUCUGGGUUAGCGGAUGUGCGAUUUCCGGAUUUGGAAGCGGUUUUCUCAAGGUAUUCACAUUUCCUGAAAACGAGCAAUUCUCAAACGAAUUACGGGACGAUUUCAUGGAGUUUUACAACCUGACCAUGGAUCAAGUCGUUUACAAUGGACCUAAUUUCUAUGUCUGUGAUGGACUCGGAGUUUGUGAGAAACCAAUAGCGGUUUGGGCAACAACCCUUUACUUGACCGCUGCUCUUUUUGUGUCAGUGUUCAUUAUGUUGUUCUGUGGAUACCAAUCUACUCAAAAACUCAAUGUCAAAACUUCCAGCACAAGUGCACGCACAGUUGAACUACAGAAGCAAUUGAUGAAAGCGCUAAUUAUUCAGUCAGCCAUUCCAAUCGUCUUCAUGUACAUUCCGAUCAUUCUCCUUUUCGUGGCUCCGAUGUUCCAUUGGGGAUUCGGUCCCUACGUCAAUUUCGCUAUGGCUACUCUUGCUAUCUAUCCUCCGAUUGAUCAAUUUGCCAUCAUCUAUGUAAUCAGAGAUUUUCGUAAUGCAAUCAAAGACUUCUUCACUUGUAAAAAAAAGACAGUCAGCCCACAAGCAUCUGCUGCGUUCACCACUUCCCGAUUGAGCCUUAAAUCAAACAUCUGA